AUGGAGGUGCUAUCGAUCGCGUUUCUCACGUUCCAGGCGGUGCUCCAGGUGGUGAUAAUAUGUGUUGCCGGCUUCAUCAGUGCCCGCACGGGUUUACUUAACAAGAACGCCCAGAAGAUCAUCUCCCAGUUGAAUGUUGAUUUGUUUACUCCCUGCUUAGUGUUUUCCAAGUUGGCGCCGCUGCUUUCGCUUUCGAAAAUGGCCAAUUUGGCGGUGAUCCCCGUGUUUUUUGUGGUGCUGACGGCGAUCUCAUAUGUGUGUCUGAGGGUGUCGCUGGCGGUGUUAGGGCUUAACCACCCGGAAUCGGACUUUGUCACGGCGAUGGCGGUCUUCGGUAACUCCAAUUCGCUCCCCGUAUCGCUCACGAUGCUGUUGGCGUACACCUUACCCGAUUUGUUAUGGGACGAUUUACCUAAUGAUACCGCCGAUGGGGUGGCUCUGAGAGGUAUACUAUACCUCUUGAUCUUCCAGCAGUUGGGCCAAGUGUUGAGAUGGUCGUGGGGCUAUAAUAAGCUCAUGAAAAAGCGACCUUUACGGGAAUUAUAUCACGAUACUCAGUUGGACCCAGACUCGCCAGUAUUGGCGCAAAUGGCCGAGGAAGAAGCCGCCCUCACCAUCGCCCGUCCCCUGCCUCCCAUGGGCGCUGGUGAACGCCUGCCGUUGAUCCAGUACUCGCUGGACGAAGAAGUGGCGAUUGAGAGAGCGACGUUUGACGAUGACGAUCUGGCCAAAUACGCCGACGCCACCAUCACCAUUACCCCCAGAGAAAGCCGCAUAUAUCGAGUGUGGAAAGGGUUUGUUUCGUGGAUGAACCCGCCAUUGUGGGCAAUGGUGGUGCUGAUUGUGGUGGCACUGGUGCCGGCGUUCCAGUCAGCGUUUUUCACUCCGGGGACGUUUGUCAAUAAUACGGUAACGAUGGCGAUUAACCAGCUUAGUCUGGUACUGAUUCCCUUGAUUUUGAUCGUGUUGGGGCUGAAUUUAGCCCCCUCAACUGACGUCCCCCCCGCCACUAAACGUUACCAUAAGAUCAUCAUCGGGUCGCUCAUGCUGAGAAUGAUCCUCCCCCUGAUUAUUUUGCUCCCCAUCAUCGCCUUAUGUGUCAAAUACAUCAACGUGCUGAUCCUCGACGACCCCAUUUUCUUGAUUGUGGCGUUUAUCUUGACGGUGGCGCCACCAGCGAUCCAGCUCUCGCAGAUCACCCAGUUGAACAACUUGUACCAGCAGGAGAUGGCGGGCAUUUUAUUUUGGGGCUACGUGGUGUUGACGUUGCCCACCACCAUAUUCAUCGUGGUGACGUCAUUGGAGGUCCUCAAGUGGGCCUUGUAG